GUUUUUCGAUUUGAUCCCCGCAACGCUUCCUGGCUCCAGGUUGCCAGCAUGCUGGAGAGGCGGACACGCUUCCACGCGGAUGUACUGUCUGAUCGCAUCUUUGCCGUGGGUGGUGGGACGCUGCUGGGGACCCUCACCCGCACCGUGGAACUGUACCAGCCCGCUGACAACAAGUGGGAGUUCGUAGCUCCUUUCCCCAUGCCUAUUGCUGACCAUGCAGGCACAACCCACAAGGGAAUCCUCUAUAUUUCAGGGGGCUUCUCUGGGGGUAAAACUUUACAAGACACUUACAGCUACCUCCCUCGCCUCCGACGCUGGAUUGGCAACAGUGCCAUGGCUUCUGCUCGCUGUGAUCACGGGAUGGCUGCAGUCAGGGACAGGAUCUUUUGCAUUGGAGGAAGGACACUAAAAGGAGUAAACGAAUGGAUUCAAGUCAACGAGACGGAGUAUUAUUGUCCUGUAAGCAACCAGUGGACAACGCUAACACUCUCCCCGUUCAACUGCUGCCAGUUCAGCAUCACAGCCCACGAGUCUACGCUCUACCUUGCAGGAGGUGCGUCGCUGCGGCACAUGCAGAAAGAAGACAGUGUUUUCCUGUAUGAGACAGAAGGGCGGAUAUGGAAGAAAGCCAGUCCCCUGCCUAAAGCUCUGGUGGAUCACACCUCUUGCACGAUUAAACUGUUCCAAGUGAAUGCAGCUGGCGAGGUGGGGAGAGGCACAAAGUGCUCCCCUGCGAGCAGGAGGAAGAAAUCUACCCUCAGCUUGUCCAUCACAAAGAAACAAGAGUCCCACUCUGCCUCAGAAAAGAAGUAG